GUUCAAAUGCUGGUUAAAGGAAAUACUAAAACGAAACUAUUUUUACUUAGUUACACAGAAUCUGUGUGAGUUUCUUGAAACCUCAGGUUCCUGGUAUACACACCCUAGACAAGCGUAAGGUCCUGGGUGGAAAAACAUGUUGGGCGUGUUGGACGAUUAGCAUAAUAAUAAAAUUAGUGUGAGAGAAAGGAAACCGAAAGCGAAGAGAAUCUCCUCAGCUCUGGUCCAGGUCUACUGCCUUUCACAAUGUUUACACUCAACGACACAACUUUGGAAGAAGACCUUACCCAAAUAUUUCAACAAAUAAGAUUAGCAGGAAGACAACUAGGAAGACAAGAAGUUCCUCAACCAAUGAAUACCUCAGGAAAAUACUACGUGUGGCAGCUGUUUGAUGGACGGAAUUGGUUUCAGAUAGAAAAUGAUCACGUAAUCGAGUCUAACUACUGCCAGCUGGACGCAAAAGGGAUCACCAUUUUUACACACUUGGGGAAUCUUUACAUUGAUUUUGAUACCAUGGCAAUAACGGGACCUUUUCAGUGCCUCGCUAUACGAAGACUAUUGUCCCUGUCUCACAACCAGAGAGAAAAUGUGGGAUGGUAUUUCAGAGACAAGAAUUGCUGGAGUGAAUAUGGGACACAGGGAUCAAGUACCUACAUGUCAUCAGUAAGCAGUCAGGACAUAGAGCAGCAGUAUAACUCCAACCCGACAGGCUCCUUCAGUUUUACAGCAGGAAAAUAUAAAUACGUUUUGAACUUCUCUGCCAUGACGCAAACCAAUCUGUCUACUCAAAACCAGAGGAAUGUGAGGAGGAGGCCAAAGUUUAACUCUGUAGUCUAUGUACACAGCAGGUGCUACACUUAUAAUUGGGAUAAGAAUACAAAAUUGAACAAAAAGUAUUUUUUAAAGAAGUCCUCUGUUCUAUGUUUUUAUUUUGUGUACAGUCUGAACACUUCUGAACCUUCUACGUCCACCAUAAAUCCAUUUCCGUUACCUGCACCUUCUGUAAGUCCGUCCACUACGGUUACCUGGCAGUUUAUGGGCGAUGAAGGCAUGUGGACAAAUUAUCAGAAACCAGGUUCCUCACUGGACAGUGUGGAUAUAGAGAGAGAGUAUCAGAGGAAUCCACAGGGCCAGCUUGCUUUCACAGCUGGACGCUACAGUUACUCUCUCUAUUUCAACGGUAUGUACCAGAUCAAUUUGACAUAUAAGACAAGACGCGCUGUCCAGAGAAUCUCUGCGGAUCAGAGCAACAUUCCUCUGUGCCAAGUUCGCUGGCAGUUUAAAGAUAUGGACGGCAGAUGGAAAGACUUUGUUAAAGGCACUGGGAAAGGGAAAUGUUCUGUCUCGAUUCAGGAAAUUGAGAUGCAGUACCAGCAGAACAGUGCAGGGGUUAUGUAUUACAACUCAGAUCAGUUCAGAUACAUGCUUAACUUCUCAGAAAUGACCCAGACAAACUUGACCACUCGUAAGCAGAGGCCAGUCCGACGUGUCUAACUUUAAGAGCUGGAGUUUACCUAGCAUUUUUCAGGAUAUUCAUUCAUUUUAAAACCUUUAUUAUUCAUCUGUACCAUCCCAGCUGUUGUCUGAAGUCCUCAGUCAAUUUUACUGCCUGAAAACACCCCCACCAGUUCACAACCAGGUUUAAAUGGUUUGCUAGAGAAGGAAGGUUAUCAAGCUGUGCAUGAAAUUGAACCAGAAUUAUAUAUAUUUGUAUAUUAGUAAAAGGUAGAAAUUGGGCAUCACUGUGUGGGUGUAUAACUGGGUUCUUUGAUGAAAAUGUUUUAGUCUUCUCCUGACUUGAACACCCUGUUUACUUUCCUUUCUAAUAUCUGCCUGUUUAUUUGCUGCUGCUAUCAAAGAUCAUUGGUAUUUUUGUCAUAUAGCAAAUUCUGAACUAAAUUGUCUGUAACCCUCAAAAAGCGAUGUUUAUUAUGCACUUUAAUUAAACUUUAUUUUAUUAAACUUUAUUAAGAAAAACUA